AUGUGGCUCCUAGAUAAACCCUGGAGACAGCUGGUGUUUGUGAGCGUUUUGCAGAUUUCUUUCGGCGUUGAGCAGACGAAUCCUUCUCCACCGGCGGCAGACGAGUGCGGAGUGGUGGCGGCGGCCGAUGGUCAUCAGUCCCAACACCCGAAGCAGUGGCCAUUCCAUGUAGGACUGUACCGCAUCGUGGCCGGUAGUGGUGAUUCCCUUUACUUCUGUGGUGCUACGAUUGUGAGCCGCUGGUUCGUUGUCGGAUCGGCCCACUGCGUUCUUAACUACGCGCCAGAGAUGCUUUCCGUGCGCUACGCGACGUACGAUCUGACGCAACCGGAACAAGGUGGUAAGGUUGGUGUGUCCCGUGUCCUGCUUCAUCCCGAGUACCGGGCACAAAACUUCAGUCACGAUAUCGCGCUACUGGAGCUAAGCAGCGGGCUGACGUUCGAUGAGACAACCGUCCGGCCAGCCUGUCUAUGGCCGACGGUACCCGGCGAAACGGUCAGUGUAGGGGACCAGUUGGAGGGUACCGUUGGCACCAGCGUCGGUUGGGGCAUCGGACCACACAACCUCUACACGUACGUGCUGCUGAUCCUGGAGGUCAGUGCGAGCACCAAACGGAAGUGCAUCGAAUCGUUUGACGAGCGGCUUUUCACCGGGGACCAGUUCUUCUGUGCCGUAACUCCCGUCUGCAAGGGCAGUGGUGGUAGCGGGUUCUACGUGAAGGUUGGCGAUCGAUACUAUCUGCGAGGUAUCACUACGUUCGGGAUAGCGGCCAAGGGCAAGUACCAGUGUGGUGUUAACACGCUGACCAGCCUACUGAAUGUCGCACACUACACGGACUGGAUUCAGCAGCAGUUGGCCGAUCACCAUAGCCACUCGCAGCUACCCGAGCCCGAGAUGCCCGAGCAGCAGACGGAGCAGGCCAUGGUGCAGCAACAACAGCAACAACCACAAUGA